AUGAAUAGAAUCGACGCGCUCAAAGAAGCAGGAAGGAGCCUAAAUGAAAUUGCUGAGCAAUCCGAAAGGAGCAAAACUACAGUAACCGCCUAUUUGAAAAAUAGGGAAGUUAGAAGAAAGAAGGCUGAAGGCGUCCUAACCGAAAAUCAAAAAGAAGAGAUUCUGAGGCUAAAAGGAGAAAGUCUUCGAAAAAUCAAGAUGACAGAUAUUGUGGAUGCCAUGACAGAAGAUCCAGAGGAAGAUGAUAAUGAAGAAGACGUCGAUCUAGAAGUCGUGGACAGACCUGUAGCUAGCGGAGCUAAAGGAGCAGAUGAUUAUGAAGAAACUGAUGAUGAUGACGAUGAUGUGCAAGAUGAGCAAAGAAUUGGAGACGUACAACGCCGAGGAUCCAAGGAGGACGUCACUGACUUUCAAAUUUCUAGAAGUUAUGAUCCAGAAUUCGCGGAAAGAGUUGAAGCCGAGGGAUCUCCAGCUGGCGAAGCUGAUUGGAUGGAUGAAUAUGAAGAGGACGACGAUCUAGAAGUUGGAGAUGUUCGCCGAGGAUUCAAUGAAGACGUCGAUGAUAUCGAAACUUCAAGAUGCUCAGAGCCAGCAAAAGCAGUUAGGGAGCAGCCAGAAGUUGCAGAAGGAUCCGACGAAUAUGAAGAAGAUGAUGAUGACGAGGAUGUACGAGAUGAGAGAAGAAUUGGAGAAUUUCCAGCAUGGGUUGGCAGAAAUGAAGACGUCGAUGACUUCGUAUCUCCAACAAAAAACCUGUCUGUAGAAGCGAUCAAGGAAGAGCCUGAGGUCAUGGACGGAUCUCGAGCUAGCGACUCUGAUGGAUCAGAUGUGUAUGAAGAAACAGAUGAUGAAGACGUGAGCAACAUUAGAAGUGAGCAAAAAGAUGUAGGCGUUCGUCAAGGAGGAGAAGAAAAAAAGGACAGCGAAGAUCCAAAGAUCCAGGAGCCAGAAGUCGAGGAGAUGGAAGUUGACGUCGCUCAAGAAGCUUCAGAAGACGUGAAGAACCAGCCAGAGUUGGUUCGCUUGGGAGGGAGAACGGACGUCGGGAAUUGGAGUCGCGAUCAAGUCCAAUCCUGGGCAGACCAAUUCCUCUCCCCAGAGCAAUCAGUUGAUUUUCAAAAAAUGAAACUGACAGGGGCGGGGCUUCUCCACUUUCUCUUCAAUCACCAACCUCCAGAGGGUCUUGAAGACGUUCUUCAAAUCAUCAAGACUCAUCUGCGCCCCAUCGCAGAUCUCGAGUCUUCUUCUGAUGGAAAACAAAGGCACCGAAAUUGGGUUCAAAAGCUCCCAGUGCUUCAUGAACUCCACCUGCCACUCCUAUACUCAUGUAAGGAGGUUCGGAAGGCUCUGAGCAGGUGGUCCGACGACCCCUUCUUGCGAAUGGUCAGUGGGAUCUUCGACAGGACGACCAAUUCUGCAAGGGAUUGGAGAGCCACUUUGGAUCAUGAGUAUCACACGGGACAUCAUGAUAUUCGAUUUGUUUUCCAGGGGCUCAUGAAGAACAUCGAGCUCCGAUCUACCGAUGGAGUGGUGUGGAGCACAAGGGACUACACCUUCCUAACAAUCCAAAAUGGAUCGUUUAAUAACUCCCUGAGAGUUGCCUACUCACCGAUGGUAUCAGGAGAAUGCUCGAAAUGCGGAAGUGUGGUACAGAAAAUCACCAGAGUGGAAGCUCAACAAGCCCAAUACCAUUUUUUGAUGAUUUCGGGAACAAUUUCGGAUAUCAAUUCGGAGAGCGAGGUGGCGAUGUUUGGGCAUCAAUGGAGGAUCAGAGGAUUCGCGGAGAGAGUGAUGCUGGGAGCGGUGGGACAUUUUGUGUCGUGGUUUCGAAAUUUGGAUCAUUGGUAUCUGGUCGACGAUGAGCAAUCGAAGGAUAUGGGACAUCAGGCUGUGAACUUCACGAAUAGGAAUAUUAUGAUUUUGGUUUUCGAGAAGGUUCUUUGA